ACUGCAGUUUGUGGUUUGGACAGACCACAAAAACCUUGCAUAUUUGCAAUCUGCCAGACGUCUGAACUCACGACAAGCCAGGUGGGCCUUGUCUUUUUUGGACGCUUCAAUUUUUCUCUCACCUUUCGACCUGGCUCACGGAACGGCAAGGCAGACGCUCUUUCACGGAUGUUUUCCAUAGCACUGAAAGAUGAGGUUACACCGGAGACUUUUCUGCCACAGAAGCUCGUCAUGGGUGCUGUCACCUGGAGGAUCGAGGAGGAAGUGAUGACAGCCCUUCGGACUCAGCCCAGUCCUGGUAAUGGUCCGCCAGGUCGUCCGUUUGUGCCCGACUCUGUCCAUUCUGCUGUGCUUCAGUGGGCCCACGCCAGCAAGAUGGCUUGUCCCCCCGGUGUGGCUAGGACUAUGGCCUUACUGCGCAGAUGGUUUAGGUGGCCUGCCAUGGGAGACCAGACUCGGAGUUUCGUUGCUGCAUGCCCGGUGUGCGCUCAAAAUAAGGGAACCAAUCGACCCAGCUCUGGACUUGUGCAUCCUCUGCCCAUUCCUCAGCGACCUUGGUCGCAUCUGGCUCUGGAUUUUGUGUCCGGGUUGCCCUUAUCUGAAGGGAACACCGUUGUCCUGACGGUAGUGGACAGAUUCACCAUGACCAGACAUCCAUUCCCUGCCAGAUCGUUGGCGUUACCAUUCUUCACCUGGAUUGUCACUCUCACCUGCCUGGCUGUUGACUUCACUGCAGUACAUUUGGAUCAGCACAAAACCCUGCCACCUUCCAGCCCCACUCCCUGCCGACCAACUGGACCACACCAUUUCCACGUUCUAUUCCAAAUAAAUACCCCCCUUUAUAUCUACUUACCUUGUCCUGGUCUGCGUUUGGGUUUCUGCACUUGA